AUGCCGCCUGUAUGCUCUUGCCGAGUCGGCCGGCUCGUAGUCUCGGCUCGCCGCCACGCCUCAGUCGAGAGAACUCGGAGACCGAACGAGAACUGCUGCCGGAUGAGCGCAGGGCCGUCGUCAGGAGGAAGUGAGGCAAGUCAUGUCGGUGGGAGGGCGACGGCGAAGUCGGAAAGAGCUAAAAGCAAGAUGACCACCUUGUGA